GAGUACCUGGUGGAUCUGGCCGUUGGCACGCCGCCGCUGUACUAAACCGCCAUCAUGGACACCAGCAGUGACCUCAUCUGGACGCAGUGCUCACCCUGCCUGCUCUGCGCCGACCAGCCCACGCCCUACUUCCAGCCGAUCAGGUCCGCCACGUAUCGCGUCCUGCCGUGCCGGUCGUCCAUGUGCGGCGCGCUCCCCUACCCGUCCUGCUACCGUAAUGUGUGCGUGUACCAGUACUACUACGGCGACUCCGCGUCCACCGCCGGCGUUCUCUCCAUCGAGACGUUCACGUUCGGCGCGGCCAACUUGACCAAGGUCAGGGUGCCCAACGUCGCGUUCGGGUGCGGCAACAUCAACGCGAGCGAGCUCGCCAACAGCUCCGGCAUGGUCGGCUUCGGCCGCGGGGCGCUCUCGCUAGUGAGUCAGCUGGGCCCAUCCAGGUUCUCCUACUGCCUGACGUCGUAUUUCUCGCCGACGCCAAGCAGGCUCUACUUCGGCGUGUUCGCCACCCUCAACAACACUAACACCAGCUCCGGGCCGGUGCAGUCCACGUCCUUCGUUGUCAACCCGGCGCUUCCGAACAUGUACUUCCUGUCCCUCACGGGCAUCAGCCUGGGGAGCAAACGCCUGCCCAUCGACCCGCUCGUCUUCGCCAUUAACGACGAUGGCACGGGCGGGGUCAUCAUGGACUCGGGCACGUCCAUCACGUACCUGCAGCAGGACGCCUACAAUGCCUUGCGGAGCGAGCUGGUAAAGGUCAUCUCGCUGCCGGCGACGAACGAUACGGACAUAGGCCUGGACACAUGUUUCCCGUGGCCGCCGCCGCCGAACGUGACCGUGACGGUGCCGAACUUCGUGUUCCACUUCGACAGCGCCAACAUGAUGCUGCCGCCGGAGAACUACAUGCUAAUAGCGAGCACCACGGGGUUCCUGUGCCUGGCAGUGGCGCCGUCCGGCGACGGCACCAUCAUCGGCAACGGCAACGGCAACGGCAACUAACAGCAGCAGAACCUGCACGUGCUCUACGACGUCGCGAACAGCCUCCCGUCGUUCGUUCCUGCGCCGUGCAACAUAAUUUACGCUUUCUUAUUAUUUUUCGUUUUGAUUCUGCCUUUAAUAAGUUCAGAUAUGGCCGUUGUUGCAACCGUAGGCGUUGGAUAUAGGAUAGUCCAUGUA